AUGACAAGUAUCCGCAAAGUGGUCAUCUCCCAAUACGGCGACGUCGACGUGAUCAAAGUGGUCACCGAUGUCUGCCCUCCACCAUCACCCGGCGAAAUCCAAAUCACCACAGAGUACUCGGGCUUCUCCGGCGCCGACGUCAACAUGCGCAAGGGUAUCUACCCCUUCAUGAAGAAAGCCCCGCUGACGCCAGGCUACUGCCUCGUCGGCACCGUCCGCGCCCUGGGCCCAGGUUCCAAGAACUUCCAAAUUGGUGACGUCGUCGCCGUCCUGACAAAGUACGACUCCGAGGCGGAGCUCGUCAACCAGCCGGAGAAGUACUGUAUCCGGGUGCCCGACGGCGUGGACCACCGCCAGGCGACGGCCCUCAUCUGCGACUGGAAUACCGCGUACGGCAUGGUGAUGCACUCGGCGCGGGUGUCCAAGGGCCAGCGGGUGUUCGUGCACGGCAUGAGCGGCGCCGUGGGGUACGCCCUCAUGAAGCUCGCGCAGCUGCAGGGGGCGACGGUGUACGGGACCGCGAGCCAGCGGAACCAUAUCGAUAUUCGGCGGGAGGGCGGGAUUCCCUUUGUGUACAGCGACAAGAACUGGAUGCGGGAGAUGGUUGGGCUGGGGGGCGCGCACGCCGUCUUUGACCCGCUGGGGUUCGAGAGCUUCGACGAGAGCUACAGCAUUCUUGCCGAGGACGGCACGCUCGUCGGGUUCGGGAAUAACAAGGCGUCGUUGAACGAGGGCGGGCCGGCGCGGAACCCGAUGGGGGCGCUGUUGAAGUUGUUUGCGAGGAAUUUGAACUUGUUGACGAUGAGGAGCACGACGUUUUAUGCGUUGAACCGGGACUCGGCGACGUAUGUGCCCAACAUGACGGCCUUGUUGGAUAUGUUGAGGACGGGGACGAUUACGGUGCCGAUCAAGUGUGUUUGGGACAUGGAGGAUAUUCAAACUGCGCAUCGGCAAUGGGGCGGCGGGAGUGGUGUUGGAUCUCUGCUGAUCAAGGUGGCCAAGGACUAG